AAUGAAUGUCUGUAUCUCCUAUAUACGUUACAUUAAAUAGCAUGCACAUUUGGUGGAGAUGACUUGGGUCGUUUGUGUCACCGGAAAAAGCAAGCUAGCUACGUAGCUAGCAAGGAACCAACUCCAAAAUGACUCGAGAUUUCAAACCUGGAGACUUGAUUUUCGCCAAGAUGAAAGGAUAUCCCCACUGGCCAGCACGGAUUGAUGAAGUUCCUGACGGGGCGGUGAAACCCUCAAACAUAAAGCUUCCCAUAUUCUUCUUUGGUACUCAUGAGACUGCAUUCCUGGGACCCAAAGACAUAUUUCCCUACUUGCCAAACAAGGAAAAAUACGGAAAGCCAAACAAAAGGAAGGGAUUUAAUGAAGGAUUGUGGGAAAUUGAGAAUAACCCGAAGGUGGAGCUGACGGGACAGAAGAUGAGGCCCGUUGGCAUGGUGACGGAGAGCAGCCCCGAACAGGAAGAGGAAGAAGGGAAAACUCCAGACAAGAGGAGAAAAUCAGCAGCUGCUAAAGUGGGUGGCGGUGCGGAGGAGCAGGAGGCGGAGUCCGGGGUCACAGAUCGACCUGUGACCCCAGCUGAGGAUGCUCAGAAAGAUACGGCUGACACUCCGCCAAAACCGAAACGAGGAAGAAAGAAAAAGAAUGAAGUAGAACAGGAUUCGGAGAAAGAUGAAGAGCCCACCAGCCCUACGUCGAGUCCUGCAGCUGGUGAGCUCACUCCGAAGCGCAGAGGCAGGAAGCCCAAGGCGGAGAAGAUGCUGUUCCUGCAGCAGCAGGCCAAUCAGGACCUGCGCAGCUCCAGCAGUGAAAUGGAAGGGGUGGAGACGGACAGGAAGCGGAAGAGGGGGGCGGAGGACAAGAGCCAGGUCCAGAAAGCGGAGGAGGAGAAGAAGAGUGAUGGCAGGAAGAGGAGAGAGGAGGAGCAGCCGAAGGAGGCGGAGGGGAAGGAGGAGCCUGAGACCAAGCGCAGGAGGAGCGGCCGGGAGGAGAGCCCGUCUGACACCGAGGACGAGGAGAAAAGCAAGGGCCCUGGGGGCAGGCGACGCAACGCGGCGAAGACCCAGCAGGUCUCCCUGGAGACGGACAGAGACGACCGGCGACGCAAACAGGAGGACGGAAAGCCCACGGAACAGAGCAAAGAGGACGGAAAGAAAGUAGAAGACCGAAAAGGAGAGAAGAAGAAGGAUCUGUCCACAGAGUCCAGACUGCAGCGGCUACAUGGGGAAAUCAAAGUUUCUCUGAAGAUUGACAAUCCCGAUGUGAAGAAGUGUCUUGCCGCUCUGGAUGAGCUGGGCACGCUCCAGGUCUCCACUCAGCACCUUCAGAAGCACAGCGAACUCAUCGCCACCCUCAAAAAGAUUCGCAGGUUCAAGGCGUGUCAAGAUGUAAUGGACAAGGCCACCAUGCUGUAUAAUAAGUUUAAGACCAUGUUCCUGGUGGGGGAGGGCGACUCGGUCAUCAGCACCGUCCUCAACAAGUCUCUGGCAGAGCAGCGCCUGCACGAGGAGGCCAAGCGGGGCGCGCUGAAGAGGGCCGAGCAGGAGCACAGCGCAGAUAAGACUGUAAACGGUGACGCCAGUUCUGAGGAGAAGCAGGACGGUCGAGAGAAGCCUGCAGAGGAGGCUGCAGCGCUGGAGAUACACAGUGUUACUAAGGCCCAGGAAGAGUCUGCCUGAAGUUGAAGCUACACGACCAAUCCUGGAAAUGAAGUCAAAGAGCCUUACUGAACAGUUACCCCAAUAAGGACACACACCAAAACCCCACUGUGCAACCUACAGAGAAGUCCUCUGUCCGUCUGUCUCUGGUUACCAGCCACCUUUAGGGCUUGCUGUGAUUGGUCCGUUUUAGAUUUUUAAGUGUUAAUGAAUGUGCCAGUCAUGAUCAUUUCAGCUGAAGAGCUCCCGCGUCAUUUCGACCACCCUCGCAACUUUAACCUUUCGCAACAACCGUUAUUUUUCUGCCUUAAUCACACAGUAGCUGUUUUUCAUACUGAUGUUUCACAGCUCUUUAAUGAGGAAAUGCACAGCAGCCGUUAAGGCUGAUUUAUACUCAUCGCACAACCCUUUGCGAAGUGUUAUAUGACGAAAAUGAAAGUGUUGCACACAGUUUUGCAGUCAGUGAAGGUUAGUGAUGAGGCUUCUGUUGUCUCUAUGGUAACAAGAUGGCAAACUGCUGAUGUUUACAUUUUUGAAAACAUGGCGGAGCCUGGCGGAGCCUAGCCAUAACAAUGAAUCCAUCUGGCUGUCCAGACAAAGUAGGGCUGUGUCUGCCACAUUACAAAAUUCUACAGGUGUGUGACAGAUUCAGAAUGUUCUAAAUUCAGUUAAAUGUCAUUGUCAUCGUACAACACUUGUAAGGGUUUUGCGCCAAGUAUAAAUGAGGCUUCAGUCUGCACGACUGCAGCCGGGGUCUGCGUGGGCAGACCGCAAAGCGUUUAGUUUACAGUCUGAUGCUAGAGCUCGCUUUCAGUCAUCGUUUGACAUUCCUGUUUGUACUUGCCUGUUUAGCCCUGCAAUAGCACGUCACGCAUGACGACGCUCUAGCCAGUUCCUGAAGUAGAAUUGUGAUCUGUGGCUAGUCAGAGUUCAGUUCAGUAACUGAAUAUUUGCACACUAUUGGUCCAUCUCCUUUCUUUAGUAUAGAUGUACAUAUUUCUUAAAGCCGUUAUUUUGGAGCAGUUGUACUGCCAAACUGAAAAGUUACUGAAUAGUGUGCCAACGUUUUAUUUUACCAACUUCUCUUGUCUUUGUUUUUAAAAACCUGCCAGUUUUCAAGUUGCCCAUUUUUGUGACUCAUCACUGUAAAUAAGAGUAUUUUUGUGUGUGAAUCUGUUUUUGUCACCAUUAAUAAAGCAGUACCUUCAUCCAUUACAAA